CGUCGAGACUCAAUCUUCCUUUUAUCUUGCACGAUGAGUGACACUGCGACGACCUCGUCUGCGUCGACGCCGCCAACAUCGGCCCCGCCCUCGCCUGAGCUGCAGACCCUGUCCAUCAGCGACAAGAUUGUGACGGAUGAAGAUAAGGCAGAAGCAGCAAAGCUGAAAGCGGAGGCCAACAAGGCAUUUGCUGCGCACGACUUUGCGAAGGCUGUCGAGCUCUACUCAAACGCUAUCGAGAAGAACCCGGGGGAUGCGACGAUCUGGUGCAACCGCGCGUAUGCGCGCAUGAAGCUCGAGGAGUUCGGCUACGCGCUCAACGACGCGACCCAAGCCGCGACCAUCGACCCGAAGUACGCGAAGGCGUACUACCGGCGCGCGACGUGCUACCUGCAGACGCUGCGUCCGCAGCUCGCGGUCACGGACUUCAAGCGCGUGCUGCAGAUCGAGCCGAAGAACGACACCGUGCGCGCGCAGCUCACGUCGACGCAGAAGCUCAUCCGCAAGAUCGAGUUUGAGAAGGCGAUCGAGGUCGAAGGGGAGAAGAGCCCUGUAGAGCGCUGUCGGGAGAUCAUUGCGGAAGGUGGCUGCGACAUUGACAAGGGGUACGCUGGGCCCAAACUCCCUCAAGAUGAGGACGGGAAAUACACGAUCACCCUCGAGUUCGUCCGCGCCAUGAUCGAGUGGUUCAAGGAUGGCAAGGCGUUGCCGAAGCGCUACGUUUGGGAGAUCGUGCUUGCCGUGAACGAUAUCUUCUCGAAGGAGGACAGCUUGGUGACGCUAGAUAUACCCGAGGACGUUACCAUCGAUGUGAUUGGCGACGUGCACGGCCAGUACUACGAUCUCCUGCACCUCUACUCGCUCACAGGAGAGCCAUCCGAGAAGCACUAUCUCCUCAUGAACGGCGACCUCGUCGACCGCGGGUCGUGGUCCAUCGAGGUCAUCCUGACCGCAUUCUCGUUCAAAUGGCUCUACCCGAAGUACAUGUUCAUCAACCGCGGUAACCACGAAGCAAAGGACAUGAACCGCUCCUACGGCUUCGAGGGCGAAGCGAAGACAAAGCACGGCGAGCAGAGCUACAAGCUGUUUGCGCAUGUCUUCACUACAUUACCUCUCGCUACCCUAAUAUGCGCCUCGAAGCCGCCACCGAGCCCUGGGAAGGCUAUUCUAUCAUCAGACGGCAAAAAGCGGUACUUUGUCGUGCACGGGGGCCUCUUCAGCAAGGACGGCGUCACGCUGGAAGACAUCCGGAAGCUCGACCGAAUAGGAAAACAGCCUGGGACGGAGGGCUUGAUGUGCGAACUAUUAUGGACCGAUCCGCAAGCACAACCAGGCCGAGGACCAAGCAAGCGGGGCGUUGGCAUUGCCUUCGGGCCCGACGUGACCAAGAGAUGGUGUACGGAGAACGGCGUCACCGGCGUCAUUCGCAGCCACGAAGUUCGACAAGAUGGCUAUGAGGUCGAGCACGACGGCCUCUGCACAACCGUGUUCUCUGCGCCGAACUACGUCGACCAAGUGGGCAACAAGGGUGCAUUCAUUCGCAUCGAUGCCGCCGGCUCACAGGAGUACAUUCAAUUCGAGGCGCGGCCACAUCCCCCGAUGCGACCCAUGGCCUAUGUGCAGGGCGGGUUGCAAAAUCUGAUGAUGAUGUAGGGAGGCAUCUCCCUUGAGUAUGUCGAUAUCGGUAUCUCGAUUGUCAAAUAUCCUUGCUUGUAUCACUGUACGAUACCACUGCUUGUAUGCAUCACUGCAUUUCUAUUGAACAUACGUC